AUGCGGUAUACAGAAUCUGAGCUCGAUGCAGCUGCCUAUGAAUUGAUGACUGCUGGAAACAGCAGUUAUCAAUUUAAAAGAGCAAACAUGCAGCUUCCUAGUUCAAAAACAAUAAAACGACAUAUCGCAAGGCACACUACAGAAACUCAAGAAGGAGUCUUAAUGGUGAUGCCCCUGCUUAAGUAUCUAAAUGCGCACAACUAUCCAUUAGUAGUAGCUUUGAGUGAAGAUGGAACAACCCUUUCACCAAACCCGGAAUAUGAUUCAAGAUAUGAUGCAAUUCGUGGCCUAGUGGCUCCUUUAAACAAGUUUGGUAUGCCUGAACAAGAUGUUUUCAAAGCCAGUUCAAUCAAAAAGAUUAUAAACGAUCUUGAUCGUUUUUCUGUUGGUGAAUACUUAUAUGUUGUAUUAGCAACACCAAUGGCUGUCGGAGCAUCGCCAUUUUGCGUGCUGUACACGUGCAGUGAUAACAGAUUUACACAUGACCAAGUUAUGUCGAGGUGGGCAUUUAUAGAAACUGAAUUGCUGAAAGUUGGCAUAACCGUCAUAUCGAACGCGUCCGAUGGCGAUCCACGGCUUCUCAUGGCUAUGCGACAAAGAACAAAAAUACCAAAUGGAUGUCCAAGCGAAUCAUACGGCCUUCACUUUGUCAUAGAUAUGGAUGAUAAACCAAUCUGCAUUCAGGAUAGUAUUCACCUAGUCAACAAAUUUCGUCAUACCUUGUUAGACCCCAAAAAACAAAUGCGUUUAGGUGACUAUGUAAUUUCGUCUGCAGUCCUCAAACAAAUGAUGGAAAACGGACAAAAAGUUAUACACAAACUAAAUCCUUCUGAUUUGAAUGCGGUGGACCGAAUGAAAUUUGAUCCGUCAAUGAAACUUAUGUCGUUGAAUCUAAUUGAUCAUUUAACCACAGUGGUACCUGGCAGUAUCGGAACAGCUACAUAUUUACGAAUAAUGCGUAAUGCUUAUUUAGCAUUUAACGAUCAACAAAUGUCUCCUACAGAACGCAUAACUUCAAUAUGGUUUGUUACAAAAUGAUGAUACCCAGUAUGACACAAAUAUGUUUCAACUAACUUCUUUCUACAGGACUACCUUAUUAUUUGUUCGUGCAUGGCGACGAAUUUGCUUAAAGCAUCA